AUAGAAAAUUUGUCAUUGUCAACGGUAACGGUAUCUGUGAACCGGUGUGAUGUUAUCAGUUUUUUAAAUUAAAGAUCAUCUGUGCGGAUGAACGGCUACGGUUCGUAGACACACACCGCCGAAAAAAAAAAAAAUUUUGGUGACGAUAACUGAGCUUUGAUAAAAUAAUUCAAUUGAAUGUUCGAUUACGUUAAUUAAUUGAAAUUUUCACCAAGGCUCAAUAACUAUUAGGCUAGGAUUAUUAUUACCAAACUUUUUUUUUUCGGUGAAGAGAGUUGCAACAUCGAGUUACAACAAAUUUGCUCUCAAGUACCGAGGGAAAAAGUAUCGGGGAAAGCUUCGUUCGAAAAGUGUUUCGGAAGCGCGGGACGUCCGUCGAAUCGUUCGAAAACUUUGAAACCCCCGCGCCGCUUCCACGAGUCAACCUUCUAUGAUGGUUCUUUUUCGUGACUCGAGCGCACGGAUUGAAAGAAAGGAUCAUUCGUUCCUCCUCCCGGUGCAGAACUAAUCGGAGAAACGAGCGAGCGAGAAGUAGAUCGAAAGUCGAAGGUUUCAUGGAUAAAUCUUUUCCGUUAUGCAAUUUACGUAUUCUAAUCCAUCCCCGUACGUUUCGAUAGAUUUACAUUUUUUCUAUUAAACAUGUACAUACUAGAGUAUUCUGGUUUUGAAACAACAUAUCAAGGCUAACGUAUUUUAAUUCUUGAAGGCCUAGUGAACAUAAUUGUGUAUAUUUAUAUUGAGCUCUUCUUCUAAAAUGUUAUAUACUGAUUAAUAAUAUUUGUAUAUAUCGGUAUAAUAUUGAUUUCAUUCAAUAUAAAACAUUAAUCUAGGAAUUCUUGAUAAAUAACUAAAAAGUGGAGAACGGAUAAAUAAGAGUCAAAUGCAGUUUUCGGUGUGGAACAAAAUUAAAUCUAUUCAAAGUUCAGUUUUCAUAAUUCAUAUACAUUUAGGAACCAUUCUUUUUUAUCAAUCAUUUUCGAACCAUUCUUCAGUGUGUAGUAUUCAUCAUAUAGUGAUUUUCGCAUUUUAGAGAUUUUCAAGUAACAGAUCCAAAUAGAAUGGACGUGCCUCACGUUAAUUGCCAAAACUAAGUAAUAUAUUCAAGUAGUAUUUUCGAUUCAAUUAUCCACUAGGAAACGAAGAUUACAUUAAAAGAGUGCACGAUUGUGUUUGUCGGUCAAAAGCCGAUAAUAAUUAAUAUAUAUCGAAUAAAUACACGAUAAAAAUUCGAAAUCAAAAGACAGUCAAUCAUCGUUAAAACGGAUAAAAUUAGUAAUAGACAUAUGACAGCUCUGGGUCACAGCCAUUAUAGAUCUAGAUUCUCCAAUCUGCUAAUUUGAAAAACAAUGUUUUCAUUAUACAAGCCACUAUGUGACCGUUUGUAAAGCAAUUUCACUGACGUUUGAUUUCGCAAUUUUCAUAAAACUUUACAAAAAGCACUUAGCAAAUAAUUGAUAAUUUAUCAUUUUCUUAUCUGUGCCAUCUUAAAGAUUAACUUUUCAUAAUCAUUAUCACGACUUAAUUCUGUAGCUGUGGCAUACAUAUAAACAUGAGUAUACAUAAUUAUUGUACAUUUAAAAAAAUCAUAUUUUUUACAAUUAAUUUUAUUCGACUUGUGAAAUUCUUGAUAUUGUAAAAAAAUAUUUUAUUCAAACAAAAUCAAUACCUGGGCAUUAAAAGAUUAAUAAGACACGAAAUAUUUAUCGAUAUCAAUACCAGCAGAUUUGUUGAUUCAACUUCUAGUAAAUAAAAUUCUAAGUAAUUAAAUCAUAUCUCGGAACAAUAUUUUCAAUCUUUCGAAACAUCUUUUACAAUUCUUAAACGGUUUAAUCGCAGAGAUUCGCGUAUUGUGUCAUACAUUUUAUUCGUAAUUAUCGCUAGAAAAGAUAUGAAUUUUUCAUUAAAAAAAAAAGGAAGGAUGAAGUCUCACAGGGCUUGUGGAUCGUCUGUUGUUGUAACCGUGUAAUAUUUUUUUUACGCAGCACUCUUUUUCCGAAGCCUGUGCGUGGGCUCGGACGUCGUUGCGCGCAUUAAUCCGUGGUUUAGCGAACCAAUUUAAAUAUCAGCGUCGCGCUCGACGCAAUUUUAUAUCAUUUCCGAUAUCGCGCGCCUGUGUGGGUGGGUUUAACGCUGCGAAAGCCCUCCUGCCGCCCUCCCUGCGCCCGUCCCCCGCCCCGCGUAGCCCCCGCGCGGAACCUUCGUUUGUCCCCCUACCCUUAUAACACGAACCGUUACGCAUCCAAACCAGAUAUGCGUGUUUUACGAUGCGUGUCGUACGCUGUCGUCUUCUUCAACCACGUCGUCGUUCUCGUCCUCGUCGUCGUCCUCACCGUCGUCAUCCUCGUCGUCGUCGCCGCCGCCGUCGUCGUCGCCGUCGCCGUCGCCGUCGUCGUAGUACUUCUCCUCACCGCCGUUUGUAAACGAGCGUGUGACCGGCUCUCGUACGCGAUGCUCGUAACGUCGUCACGACGUACUUUGCGGUAUCUUGCGCGAGAAAGAACGAGAAAGAGAGAGAGAGAGAGAGGGAGAGAGAACACGCACGUAUGCGCAUGUGCACCACGCAAUCCACAGGGUGGCGCGUCCUCGUUUUUGAACACGCUCAAUCUGCGCCGACGUCGCCGCAAUAUCGGACGUCUUUUGUUUUCUGGCGCACCACCCGAACCCUAAUCGGGUUCGAAUUUCAUCGAAAUGUCUCUCUCGUUCGAGACUCUCGGGAGGGCUACCGUCCGAGUCGCCCCCCCCGGCGUUUCUCUCCCCCCUUCUCCCCGCUAAUCGCGGAGAGAGACGCGGGCCGGAGGCGAACGCCCGGGACACCCGUUAUAUCGUGCACACAUACGAGGAGCGCGCGUAGCCGGCCGGCCGGCCGGCGAGCGAGCGUGCGUGCGCUGGCGCGCGCGAAUCAGUGCGCGGCCGAAUGCGUCGCGUAUGCGUGCGCGCCCGCCGUCAAACGCACAACGCGCAUUUUCACCGCGACCGAUUUCCCUCCGCGUGCGUCUCUUUUUCGCGUGCGUGCGUGCGUGCGCGCGCGCGCCCGCGCGUGUCGCGGAAAGGGCGAGAUCGCGGGGACGACGCGAGUUUGACCACGGGGUACCGUAACGCCGGAACCGUACAGCAACAAGUGACCUCGACGUGACGACAACGGUUGGCAACCAAGUGGACGGCGGCGAUUCCGAGUGCCGGGUUGAAUCCUCCACCCCCUCCUCCCUUCGGAGGGUUCGCCGCCGCCUCCGCGCCCUGCGUGGUCGGUUCCUCGAUGUUCGAAGCGCGGUCCCUUUGUUUUCGCGAUCGGACGUGAUCCCGCACGCGGUCGUGACAACGGCCCUGAGGGUGGCGGGAGGAAGCAAAGAAAGAACGAAAUCUGUGUUCGGCCAGGAACCGUCGCGAGGGACUCUCGAGUCUGGUAAAAAUCGUACAAAUCAACCGCCUUCUAACAAGCCACAUUAACCUCAAGUGAUUUCUAUUUUCUUACGAAACGCGAAAGAAAUAUGUAAUUAGUAUGUUUAUAUCGAUUUAAAGAAGGAACACACAAAAAAGGAAGAUAUUCCAAGAGCUUAGGUUCAGAAGAAGACAAAAAGAUAGAGCUAUAUUAGCUUAUAAGUGUACAAAAUAUAUCUAACUAAAGGAGGAAGACAAGAAACAGAUUAAAAAAACAAACAAAUAAAUAAACAAGUCCGCCAGUGCCAAAUUGAGAAAGAAAGCAAAGUGAAAGUGAUUGUUGUAACAGAGAGAGAGAGAAAGAGCGAGAGAGGAUAGAGUACAAUAGAGUAAGAUUUAUUUUAUCUUGGAGUAUAAAAGAAAUAAUCUUUUAGGCACAUGCAGUGUUAAAUUUCAUAAGAAUAAACGCGAUCAAGUGCAAACGUACAACAUUUAAAUUAAAAAGGGAAGGAACGAAGAAGGAGAGAACGACCGAGUAACACAGUGCGAGAACAGGAGACCGUAAACCAAAGAAUCUACCAUUUUUUUUCUACUAAUCAUUCAUCGAAUAUUGAUAAUCUCUCGUCAAGUGAAAUAAUAGUGAGACACGCACCGUUUCCUUCGUCAGAGCCAGAUUAAUUAAGCGAGCCGGCAUACAAUUUUGUAGAGGUUUAUAGAAAUAGCCAUAAAAUAUAAGUGCAUUUUUGUAAACUGGACGCGUCACGUGACAGAUUUUCGCCAAGCGAAAGGAAGAAGAAGCAGACAAAGGGAGAAAUCAAUCGGAUUCGCUUGAACACUCCCAGAGCAACCGAUCUACUUCAGUUCGUAGCCUAAACCUGUUGAGUACAAAACGACACAGAGUUAAAGAUAUAGAUAGACAGAAGCGAAGAGAGAGAUAGAGAGAGAGAGAGAGAGAGAGAACGAAAGGUGAGAGAAAGAACGAGAAACCGAAACGAACGUAAAUCGAGAAAUAGACAAUUUCCCGGAAGAUUACGUGCGACCGAAAGGUACGGGUCAUUUCCAGACAAGUGCAACUGGAAUAUAUUCCGAGAUAAGGAUAUUUGCGCGUGGAUACCAAUUCACAGUCACCGAACCUUUAAGAUCUGACUCGACAAAUUAUCUCGCACUCGAGAAUCAGAGUGCGAUCAGAGCCGAUCGAGAAAGACGCCAAUGUCACGUACAAGAAUUUCGUUGAUUAUCCGCUCGAAGAAGACCAGAUAAUCUCAAGCUCUUUUGGAUUCAAAAGAGUCAACGAGCAUCGAGGAGGACCGCUAGCGCGAUCCUCGCGAGGUUGCAGGAACAGAACCGCCGUACCAAGUGGAGACGCGAAAGUCAUAAACGAGAGAGGGGUGGCGGAGUUAAAGUCGCGAUGACGUGGCGGGGAAGAUGAGCGCCGAGGUGACGAAGGAGGUCGUCGCCACCGAGAGGGUUCCGACGAGCCCUCCGGCGGCGGUCGCGACCUCACCCGGCACGGUCGGCACCGGUGACCUGUCGGCGCGGCAUCUGCCGCCCUUCAGCAGCUUCGCCGGCGAGAACACGAUGGACACCUCGACGACACUUACAACGCUUCACGCCCAGGACAUCGGGGCGAACCUGAUGGCCUGGGACUACUACGAGGGCCUGACCGGCCGGCUAAUCGACGUGGUUCCGGCGAGCCAGUACAGACCCUGGGAGUCCAAGGGCGGUGGUCCGGAGGGAUUGCCCAGUUUCGCGAGCCAGUUCACCGCUCCGAGCGAAUCUGAACCUCAACUGACGUCGUUGACGCCGCUAUCGCCGGCAUCAAUUUCGCAUUCGCCGCCGGUUACGCACCCGUCGGCCGUGGGCCUACCGAGCUUCCACACCCUUGGGACACCGCUCCCGACGCCGCAUCCACAUCGCGGAUCGGUCGGCUAUCCCCUGGUACCGGCGCCAGUACAGGCCCGGGAGGUCCCGACUCUGCAGCAGCAGAUGCUCGACGAGCGUCACAUACAGCUUCUGGGCAGCAACCCGGUUCAAACGUACGCGCCAGCUCAUCCGCAUCACACGGUACUGGCGGUAGUGAAGCCCGAUUAUCCGCAAUUGCAUCACGCGAAUUUCCAAAACCCAAUGUCGACCGUGCUGGACUCCUCGCCGACCUCACGACCGAUCGGCAUCGACGGCCGUAAAAAGGAGCGCAGAAAAAUCCGCGCUGGUUCAAUGGAGUCGGAAGACGGCGGCGGUGGCGGGGGCGGCGGCGGCGGUGGUGGCGGUGCCGGUACCGGCAACGUAGAAAGUUCCGGCCAGGUCGCCGCCGUCUCGUCCACGGCGAAUCGCGGCGUGCACCAUCUCGGCGGGGGUAUGACCGACGGCGACGGUGACGGUGGCCUUGGCGACAAGCCGGCGAAGAAGAAGCGGAAGAGAUGCGGCGAGUGCAUAGGCUGCCAGCGCAAGGACAACUGUGGGGACUGCGCGCCGUGCAGGAACGACAAGAGCCAUCAGAUCUGCAAGAUGAGGAGAUGCGAAAAGCUCACGGAGAAGAAGCACCUGUACCACCUGCAGACCGGCGAGGGGGCGUUCCGCGAGCGCGGGCGGGGACGAGGCAAGGGCGCCACGAGGGUGAGUAUAAUGCGGCUCGAUUUAACUCCGCUUUUCUUUUUCUAUUCAUAAUAAGUUCGAUUCUUAAUUUUAACAGUAUUCUUAAACGGCACGUGGCACGACUGAUAACUAAACUAGAGAUACCUCCGAAAUAGAUCUCUCUCUCUUUCUCUAACUUCAAAAACCCGAGUACCCGAGUCGCGGGGAUGCUGAUGUCGUUACAUCGGUUUAUUCUUAUAAUAGACAUUGUCUGCGGGGCAUAGAGAUUCAAGGAUAAAUUAAGGAUAAACCACGCGAAUUGCGAAAAUAACCGUCGGGAAAGUUGCUGUCUGCCGUCGAGCGCACCCCUGGGGGAUCGAUACCCCCCUUCCCCCCUCUGCCCUCCCUCUGGUAUAUUCGCGAUUCUUAAUCGCGACCGGAGACGCCGUUGCGCGCCAUGCCGCGCGUAACGCGCUUAGCCCUACUUCGCGCGCGGACGAGCUAUCUCUCGGUGCCGGCUCGGAGAGUUACAGAACUGAUAUUAAAGCAAGGUGGUGUAUUGAUCGACGCACGUUGCGCCUGUCCGCGUUACUGCACCGCCAUGUUUAAAAUCCGCUUGUGUGUGCCUUAAGCCGCCGCGCGGACUUGAGGCACGCAUGCGGCGGCGGCGAAACGACGCGCGACGUCGCCGUCGCGGGGAACUUUUUUCCGUCGUUGCCGAAGGGCGGAGUUGGACGAGGGGGGGAGGCUUUUAAUUUUAAUUUUCUCGCACGACGACGAGUGUCAAGGAUAUUAAAUUUCGAUUCGGCGCUGCUCGCGCGCACUGAUCGUUACGCCGCCGAGCCUCGAAACCGCGACAAAACCGCGUAAAACGGUCGUUUCCAAUUUUGACUCGCGCGCUCGAGGCUUUUUUUCCUCGUUGCGAGACAAGAGCGAACGAAUAAUUUUCCGCUGUCUCGCUUCUUUCCCGAAUUCAUGUCGUUAUUCACCGGCGAGCGUUCAGCAGCAGCAGCGUUAGAGGAAAUCGGCCCAGCGACCCACGGGGCCUCUUCUUAUCUAAUCUGUCCAUACACGGAUAAGAUAGCAACCGCGCAACAUUCCCGUAUUUAAGCGCCCUGGUAAAAUAAUAUAAGAUAGGGCCGCACUUGUACAUCCGUCCCGAAUAAACCGCGCCCCUCUCGCAUUUCUUUUUCCCCCUCUAACGCGUGUCUUUUCUUCUCGAAUGAGGCGUCGUGUCGCAGUCAAUUAUUGCAUUAGUGCAUACACGUGUACGGAUACAUAAUACUUACCGUAAAG